AUGCGUCUUCAGAUUUUAUCGGCACCGUUUUUCGCGCUUGCGAUAUUUUCUGCGAUCGUCGCAAAAUCGAAGGGCAAUGGAAAUCCUACUGACGAUCUUCAAGGGACGAAGCAGAGUCGAGAAGAAUCUCAGCCGAUCGUGCCAAACGAUUCUAAGAACCUCAGGAUCGAAUCAGAGCACGAGAUCAUAGAUCAAGGAUCACCGCCGAGCGGUACAAUGAAUCGGGAAAACAACCAGGCGCUGAAUUCGUUUUUGAAAAAUGUCCUGCGAGCUCAGGACGAGCUCAAAUGGAUCGACAGUCGUGUGGACGGAGCCAAGGAUCCACAGGAACGGUCACCUCGAUACCAGCGAACGUCUCGUCGGGAUCCGGAUCCUAAGGCUCGUUCCAAGCGAAGAUCGGGAUACGAGCUCGACGAAAACGAGUCCAGGCCGUCGGCGAACAAGCGAAAGGUCUACUACGAAUACGAGGAGGCCGGAAAUCGAGCUCAAGGAGUCUACCCCGAGGACGAAACGGAAACGAAACGUGAAGCGAAAGAAGGUCCUCGCGUGUCUGAAGGCUGGUUUGAGUACAACGACGACGAUGCCGAAAGUUUGAGAGACUCGCGUCAGGCAACUGACCUUAAAGUCCAUAACGAGUCGUCGUCAACUAACGAUUUAGAGUCCCUGAGGAGGACGGUUCUGGCUCUGAGCCGGAGCCUCGAGGAGAGUGACAAGAAGGUUGACGAGAUGGCAGAAAAUGAAUUGCGAGGAGUUGUCGAAGAGUCGAAAGACCGUGAGAGACACGUGGGGGAAAUUUUCGAGCGAAAGAAAAGCCGCGGUAAGGGUGCAAAAGAGAUAGAAGAUCCCGGUGACUUCGGGCAGGCUUUCGGAGCCUCUUCUUCAGGGUCGAGCUGGUGGGAUGACCCGAGGACGGCGGUCGACAUGUUCGACUUCAAGCGUCGCGACGAUGACGAGGGAAUGGACGACGAGGACGAGGACGAGGAUUCGGAACCCGGGAUGUCCGAGUUUGACUACAACGCGAUGCGGAGGGUGAAACGGGAGAGGGAUAACGAUCUGGGUGAGCCAGGGGUGAUCAGGGUUUACAACCGGGCGGGGUUUGGGGCGUCGUACCGUGAAGGUGGAGGAGGAUACGAGAGGAGGAAACGGAGAAGCGGAUACGAAAAAGAUGCCGAAGAGUUGGAGGGAAGCGGGAAUGUGUCGAGAGAGAUAAGCGGAGAGUCGAUGGCAGCGGUUAUGCGAGAUAAGGUCAUUAACGAGGGUGGUGAUGGAGCUGAGAUGAGGAAAAUCGUGAAUGCGAAUGACCGCUCGGGGGGCCAGGCUGAGGUGGUGAAUAAAAGCGAGGCAAAGAAUUCCGGGGACGAUAAUCCUGCGGGAGGAAAUCCUGGGGAGGUGAAAGAAAUCGUCGCUGAAGAUCCCGACAAACAGGAAACACGGAGGAACGAAAUACUCGACGAUGAAUUGGCCUCGAAAAACGAAGUGAUAAAAACUCCUGAAUCGGAAACAACGAACGAGAAACGUGAGGAGGCUAAGCAGGAGGCUCAGAAAUCUCAGUCGAAUGCCUACGAGGUUGUAAAAUCAUCUACAGACUCUAACGAAGUGAAGAAAGACGAAGAACAGACGAAGAGAAGAGAAGAAGAGACUGGAGUGAAUGGUGAUUCCAAAACACCUGGCAAAGUGAAAAUGACCGAUGCAACGCGAGUCGAAAAAAACAAAGAAUCGAUCGACGUCAAAAUGGCAGGGGAUAAUCAGCCCGAUUCAAGAACUGAAAAGAAUAAUGAUGAGUCCGAGGAUCGAAAACCAAAAAUCCAAGAAGAUUCAAAGUCUGUGAAACUAGGUGAGGUGAAAGAAGAGAAUGCAGACAACAAUGGACUCCACUCGAAAUCUGAUGAAUUAACGCGGAAGCUGCUGUGGCUGUCGGAGAAUGAAGAGUCGUAUUUGAAAAACGAUCGUGAAAAGUUUGCCAAGAGGUCUUUAAUGGCGACGAAGGAGAGAAAGAUGAGAAGAUGCAAGGUGUUCGCCAAAACCCCGAGACGCUCGGUUAGAUCGUAUCCCGAAAGCGUAGAAGCCGACAAAUCGAUGGAGGAGGCAUCGAGAGAGGACAAAGAGGACGUGCAUCGAUCCGAAACGAGAAAACGAUCCGUCCGAAGGAUCAUCGAACGCCGAAGAGAUCCUGACCUGGCCGCAGACGUCUACGAGGUUGAAGUGGAAGACGACGGUGUCGCCGAUCAAGACGACGAGAACGACAAUCUCAAAGAGUCGAGAGCGUCUAAUGACGAGGACGGAGAGGCCGAAUUGGCGCUGGUGUCGUUUGCGGGUUCGGACGUGGACCGCGAUCCCAUUAGAGACAGAAUAAACAUGCUGAUAAAACAGAAACUCGACGAUAGAGAGAAGGGGAAACUGGUCCACGUUAAGAGGGAGGUGAACGACCCGACGAGGAUCAUCGAGUACUACGACUACGACAGCGAUGAGAACGUGAUUGACUCGGAAGCCGAUCUAUCGUUGGCAGAGUCUGAUCAGGCUCAAAAUUCCACUGUCACUGGGGAAGUCCACGGCAACGACACAGCAGAGUCUACCGGAGGUGGGAACACUAUACCAAAGAAAGACGAGAAUGCCGAGGAGGAAAAGAAGCAAGAAGAGAACCAAAACAACACGAAGAUCGAACCUCCGAAGGAGGAAUUCAUUUCUAAUAUCGAUGCAAGCAAAGCGGAAACGACGAAACCACCCUCGGGGGUCGACGUCACAACAGUUCCACAACCGGCCUUCGAAGAAGGCCAACGACCCUACGGCGAGGAUAGAAAUUUACAGGACGAGGAAUCUAGAAACGAAAGUAACGAACAUCACGAGGAUCGCGCGGCGAAAUCAAGCGACAGUCGGUGGUUAGGCGAGUCGCAGGAUCAGGAUUCGAGGAACGAAAAAUCGACGGAUGAUCAGCCGUUCGAGUACAGCGUAAACGUUCAUGGUAAAAUAGACCCAGACUCAAUCGGCAAUGUGAAGGACAAGCUAACGGGUAGCGACGAGGAUUGGAAAUACGAAGGACCUCAGGACGGCAAGGAAGUCGAAAACGAGGAACUCGACAAAGAGCGUGCGGCCCGACGUGAUUGGCGCUACAGAGAUUCCACCAGGUGA